CCCCAUUGUGCUUGGUGGCGAGAGGUGGCCCUGGCCCAGCCACACACCCUCGGGAAGGACCAGCAUCCAGCCGGCAGGUGGAAGGGCUCAGUAAGACUUGUAUUUCCCAGCCUGGAAAAGGUCCUGCCCGCCCGCGCCCAUGACCAACAUGAGCUGGAGCUUCCUGACGCGGCUGCUGGAGGAGAUCCACAACCACUCCACCUUCGUGGGCAAGGUGUGGCUCACCGUGCUGGUGGUCUUCCGCAUCGUGCUGACGGCUGUGGGCGGCGAGUCCAUCUAUUCGGAUGAGCAAUCUAAGUUUACUUGCAACACGCGGCAGCCGGGCUGCGACAACGUCUGCUACGACGCCUUUGCACCCCUGUCGCACGUGCGCUUCUGGGUGUUUCAGAUCGUGGUCAUCUCUACGCCCUCGGUCAUGUACCUGGGCUACGCGGUCCACCGCCUGGCGCGUGCCUCGGAGCAGGAGCGCAGACGCGCGCUCCGCCGCCGCCCGGGGCCCCGCCGCGCUCUGCGGGCGCACCUGCCGCCGCCUGGAUGGCCCGAGCCCACCGACCUGGGCGAGGCGGAGCCCAUGCUCGGGCUGGAGGAGGAAGAAGAGGAAGAGCCGGGGGCGCCCGAGGGAGCAGGAGAGGACGCGGAGGAAGAGCGCGCAGAUGAAGUGGCCGCCAAGGGCGCCGGGGGAGAUGGCAAGGCGGCGGGGGCCCCGGGUCCGGCCGGGCAACACGAUGGACGGCGACGCAUCCAGCGGGAGGGCCUGAUGCGAGUGUACGUCGCCCAGCUGGUGGUCAGGGCUGCCUUCGAGGUGGCUUUCCUGGUGGGCCAGUACCUACUGUAUGGCUUCGAGGUGCGGCCCUUUUUCGCCUGCAGCCGCCAGCCCUGCCCACACGUGGUGGACUGCUUCGUGUCACGGCCCACGGAGAAGACCGUCUUCCUGCUGGUCAUGUACGUGGUCAGCUGCCUGUGCUUGUUGCUCAACCUCUGCGAGAUGGCGCACCUGGGCCUGGGCAGCGCGCAGGACGCCGUCCGUGGCCGACGGGGCCCCGCGGCGCCGGCGCCCGGCCCCGCCCCGCGCCCGCCGCCCUGCGCCUUCGCGGCGCCCGCCCCCGGCCUGGCCUGCCCGCCCGACUACAGCCUGGUGGUGCGCGCGGCCGAGCGCGCGCGCGCACACGACCAGAAUCUGGCGAAUCUGGCGCUGCAGGCGCUGCGCGACGGGGCGGCGGCAGCCGCUGAGCCCGACAGCCCGCCCUGCCCCGCGCUCUCUGCCGCCGCCCGGGGGCCCGCCAGAGCCGGCGCGCCGGCUUCUGGAACCGGCAGCGCCACGUCUGGGGGUACCGUGGGGGAGCAGGGCCGGCCCGGGGCCCAUGAGCGGCCGGGUGCCAAGCCCAGGGCCGGCUCUGAGAAGGGCAGCACCGGCAGCAGGGAUGGGAAGGCCACUGUGUGGAUCUGAGGUCACCGGGGGCUGCUGGGGGAGGGCUGCCGUGGGGCUGCCGUGGAAACCUGGUCUCGGUCCCGGUCAGCCAGUGGCACCAAGGACAGCUCCGGCUUCCCCGCCCGCCUGGUGAAGGACAACGGAUGGGAGGAGAAGGGGCUGGAGGCCAAUGGGAGGCACUGGCUCUGGCUCGGGCACCUCCGCGACUGAGAGGAGGAGGAGGAGACCUACGUGGCCCUGGGGCCCAGGCCUGACUGACCGCGCCCCUGCUGAGCUGUGUUGGGCCCGCAGAGCCGACCACUGCCCGGCUUCUAUUCCUUCCCUCUGAGCUCCCCUGCAGCAACCCGCUGACCACCGGAGUCCCUGAGUGGAAUUUUGGGGAUUGCACCGUUUCCACUUGCUGCCAGGGUACGCGGUCCCUUUGCCUCACCUUCGGUCUGGAGCCCUGGUUCCUGCAGGGCUGGGGGCGAUUCCAGGUCUUCCUAUCCCAGGACAGGCACAGGGUGCUGAUCUCAGCCUCGACCUGCACCCAGCUCCUGGUUCUCUUGGGGUGAUGGACAUGACCAUCCCUUCUUUGACAAAGAGCAUCAGCCAUGGAUUGCUGCUUAGGUUGACGAGACAGUGGUUGGGGACUGUGGCCAUGCUAAGGGAAGAGGUCUCUGGGAAGCCUGCCCAUGGCUUCUCUGCCUGCCUCCCUAAUUCAGAGCCAGCCUCUGGAACUAAGGGAGCAAAAUAAAACUAACUUUUGUUUACAACCACGUGUGUGCAUGUGUAC